AACGCUAUUAGCGCGCACCAGCGCUAACUAGCUAGCCAUUUCACAUCGGUUACACUUAGUGAUGUGAUAUUUGACUAACGGUAUGUAAAAAUGGAUGUACUUAUUUUGAUAGGUUCACCCCUUUGCCCACGAAGCAGCCAAUCUUUUGGAGCCGGUUUUGGUCAAAAAGCUGUGUUUGCGCCAGCCGAAAAUAAAGCCCUGAAUGUGUAGCUAACUUAAUACAGUACCGCAUUUCAAAGAACAGCGCGCUGCCAUCAUACCCGUUUCAUUUAACCACACCCUUUGAGCUAUGACCCACGCCAAUAAGAUCCUUUCUCUUCAAUGUAAACGGAAGUGAACACUGACGGAGUACAAGUUCCACUUCAACGUUUUUAUUUUUGUUAUUUAGACAUUCAUCAACACCAUGUAACUCAAAAUAUUACUAAUUUAACUGCACGGCAUAACAUACUUACCCCCCAGGUGGUGUUUAAUUCACGUUGGAGACAGGACUUAAUAUAUGUUAUCUAGUUAACGCUAGCAAGGAGCUAACAAUGGCUAACUGUAUGGUUUAUCACACUCAAAUAGCCUCCAUCAUGGAGGUGCUAGCGAAUGCAGCCGUGGCGGAGAUCUGUAAACUCGUAGACGAUGACUAUGCAGUGAUCCGUUUGGAAAUGUCUCAAAGCCAGAAAGAAAACAGGGCAAUGCGGAGGAAACUACAGCUACUGGAACUGAAGAUGGCACGGGAGCGCGCAGAGCGCGUCCUCGCCAGUCGUCCCAGUAGUGUCAAGAUCCUCGACCGAUACAGAGGAAUGGCAAAAGGUGAAGGACAUCUCACUGGAGGCCACAGGGGCUUGGCGAAGCCAGCGGGACACAAUACAUGGAGAGAUGACCAACCAAUCACUGUUGAUGAGGGGAGUGGAACCUCAACCCAGCAUAUUAUUGUGAUAGAGUCUGCAGAUGCAGAGGCUGUAGGUCCUGGGGUCAAGCAGGAGAGGUCCGAAGGAAAGGAGCUACAACACAGCAGAGACAUCCAGACUGGAGCAGCGGCUGGAGUAGCAUCCCCUGUAGCCACGGAGGACUCUACCACCGCCCCAGCGCAGCCCAGGACGCGACGCAGCAUCACGGAGGAGGAGGAGGGUCCAGAGGUGCUGCUGGUGAAGGAGGAGGGUUGUGAGGAGGGUCUGGGGAACCCCGAGGGGACCAUGGUCAUGGAGGACAACCAGACUACUCCUACUCCUGGACCGACAGAGGAGCCAGCUGAGCAGUACAGGACCACACACAGUCUCACUGAGUCAGUAGACAUGGAGGAUGGGAAGCCUGAUCUGCUGCUGGUCAAAGAGGAGACAGUAGAAGAUGGACCAGAGAGCAUUAACCUGCUGAGUGGACUAAAGAUGGGGGAGCAAGGUGGUUGGCUGGAAGCUAACAGAGGAGACUGGGUGACCAUCUUGGAUUCCCAGACCCAGACUGGUGCAGCCAAGGGCCCGGGGGAUGACAUCACUGAGCAGGCCAGGACCAGAGGUGACAUAGUGGAGUCUGCAGUCCAUGAAGACCUGCUGAUAUCCGGUGUUGCUGACGGGAGAGACUGGACCUCUGAAGCACCUGGUCACAAACCCUGGCCACGGAUCAGAACCCUGGACCAGGAGCCAUUUCUCUUCCUUCCCAAGUCAGGACCAGGACCGAACCACGAAGGACCGAGACUCCACCACCACCACACCGAACACAACCAGUGGACAGGUGGACUGAACAACCUCAGUCCUGGUGGUCAUCAGAGAGACAUAGGCUCCAGUCAGGAAUCCAGUCUGCAGCCCAGACCCUUCUCUUCACAGUCUCAGUGCAGGGAUGAAGCAGGGCCUGGGGCUGAUAGAGAUAGACCCUCCUGUUCCUAUGAUACAAACACCACAGUAUCCAUGAUGAACAGAGCAGGUCACCCUGGGCUUCAGCCUUCACAGAGAGUGGUGGGAGACCCCCCUGGUGGUAGUCUAUCAGCAAGUGUGUCUUCUCCUUCAGGGUCUUGUCUAAUGCCUGGUGACUGGGUUCAUAGAAAGCUUGGACCUGGGUCUAGCCUUCCUCAGUUACCUCAUGGUUACCCCACCAAUACAGACAGGGUCAGAAUGGGUGUUCAUCACAAGAGGUACCUAGCCUAUAACACAGCACACAAUCCCAACAACACCCAAACAAUGACUAGAGGUCAAGGUAGGAGCUCAAAGACCAACCACCUGGGGGUGGUGGCUCCUGCUUCUACCUCUGGUGUCAUUGGGUCACAAUGUGGUAGGCCGAGUGUUAGGACAGACGCUGACAAGCCGUAUGCCUGUCCCACGUGUGGGAAGCGUUUUGCUAAGGUGAACUAUGUGAAGCAGCACCAGACUGUUCACACCAAGGAGAGGCCCUUCAUGUGUAAGCUGUGUUACAAGAGGUUUUCCUUCCUUAGUAACCUCAUCAGACAUAGGAGUGUCCACAAUGGGGAGAAAUCAUAGUAGUGUGGCUUGAGAUGUAGGCUAUAUAGGGGAUGUCUGGGACCUAUUCUUUAGCUGAAAUAUUCCAGUUAUCAUGUGAAGUGUCCUGGGUACGCUCACACGAUACAUACUUGUUUGGUGUGUUGACAUAGUAAAUAAAGCUGUAACACUAUCAGUUCGUACUAUCAGUUCGUACGUAAACUCACUAUGGCUAUCUACUCCGAUUUAAUGACUGGUGUCAGUAAACAUAAAAAAAAACGUCAUUAAAUUGUUGCCAGCAGCACAGUUACAGUCACCAACGCUUCAGAUAACAUGAAAACAGCCUAAUCAGCUCUGCUAUUGCAAAUAAAAUGGUCAGAGUGAGGUGUUAUCUUAUUUGUUUCUGGAAGUAGCUAGCAAGCUAGCCAACUUCAGCCACUGCCGUUGUGAAGUCAGACGCACGGAUCAACGUGUCCCAGUGUGCGAGCAGAAUUGAGGAACGGACAAUUUGCCAAUGCUCUGAGUUUACGUACGAACACACCCUAUAUUCACCCUCUGAAUUUAGUUUUGUCUAAAUUCUAUUCAUAACAAAUAUAAUGUCCCUCGUUUUUAUAACACGCCUAGUCUGUGUACCAGUCUUUUUAGCUAACUUUUCACUCCAUGUCAUUGCCAAAGAGACUGGCCUUUCUGACGUUUCAACAAAUCAGGAUCAAGUCCUCUGUUAUUAACCUCCAGAUCAUUGUAGAAUUUUCAUAUUUGAAAAUGGCAGGAGUUUGGCCUUUCUGCAAUCUCAACGUUCAAUAAUAUGCAGUUGGAUUUACAGCGGAGUUGCUCAUUGGUUGUUGGAAAUAAAAUUAAUAUUUCCCACGACAUGUGGAGCCUCAAAUAGAAAUAUAACGUCAAAAUCUAAAAUGUUGCUGUUCGCUAUGCAAUAGGCUUUGUGGCUGGAAUUACAGUAUGUAUUUAGUUUGAGAGUUUAGAUUUGAGCUAACAAUUUAGCAGACUGGUUACUUCUGGACAAACAAAUAACGAUUGCUUAGCAACCGGAUACCAGCGUGUUCUGUGGGGGUAAAAAGCGACAGUUCCAAUAUUUAGAUAAUAUUUGUGAUUGGAGGAAAGCUGUGAGGGUUAUCUAAUCAGGAUCCACUCAUCUGUUAACCUCCAGCUCAUGAUAGAAUGUUCAUUUUUGAAAAUGGCAGGAGUGGAAUGUUAGUUAAAGAGACUGGUACUCAGGCUAUAACACCCCCGCCAAAAACAUGAUUUGAUAUAGUCAGGUGGUACCUGUUCCUUUAUGUGCUAUAAUUAGGUGAUCAAAUCUGUUAAUAAAUGAGAAUUCAUGUUG